GUGCAAACAAACAUAAUAAAUCUAGUCAAAGAUGUCAUUGUAAGUAUGUCACACAGCUAAGAUGCAUUAAGACAUUUAAACAGUUUGUUACAGCUUGAAACUAUGCAAUUUGAUUUGAUUUACGAGGAAAUAGGGGACUACGGGCGUUAUCAAAGAUGGGUUGUAUGGACCUCAGCGUCAACGGGAUUUUACUCUGGACUUCUUAUACUUACAUCAUACUUUGUACUGGCUGUUCCGGAACAUAGAUGUGCAAUUCCGGGUUUGGAGAAUGAUACGUUUGAGAUACAAAAUGACUAUCAUCGUGAAAUCGUCAAUAGAACAAUACCCCUGGCGACACCAAGCGACGAUUUCUACUACGAUCAAUGUCACUACAGGCUUGUUAAUUAUGAUGGCCAUGAGAUGAUUGACAAAUGUAAUAAAUGGGUCUAUGACAAGUCAAUAUUCACGACGUCUCUUGCUGCUGAUUUAGAUAUGGUUUGUGAUGACACCAUACUGAAGUCCAAUGCACAGAUGGUAAACUUUGCUGGAAUAUUUGUUGGUUCCCUUCUUACUGGCGUUAUUUCAGAUAAAUUUGGACGGAAGCUUACAAUGUGCACGUCGCUUACUCUCAUUUUUGCAUGUUCUCUUGGUAUGGCAUGGAGUCCAAACUAUAUUGUAUUCAUCGUUCUGACAUUCCUUGUUGGGUUUUUUCAAUGUUGGACAGUGGAUGCCUUCAUUAGAGUGGAGUUUGUUGGUCCACCAGAAAGACGAUUUGCCGGAUUUUUAGAUUCCUUUUUCGCUUUAUUUGGUCGCGUGGCUCUGACUGGUAUGGCCUUUUACAUACGAGAUUGGAAAACGUUGCUGAUAGUUGCCUCACUUCCAGGAAUCUUGUACUUGCCGUUUUGGUUAAAACAAGUGUUUCCCGAAUCGCCGCGUUGGUUGUUUUCCCGCUGUAAAAUUGAGGAAGUCAAACAAGUAAUAUACCGUUGGGCGAAAUGGAACAAAAUUCAUCUACCUGACAGAUUUUUCGAAAAGGUUCUAGCUGAGAAAGAAGAAGAAAAACAAGAUGAAGGGAAUUUGUGGAAUUUGUUUUCAUCCAAAGUUCUGGCUAUACGAACAACACUGAUUUUUAUAAUUUGGUGAGACUAGUAAUAAUAACCGAUGUUUGUAAAAUAACACAUCCAUUAAUCGAUACUUACAAAGUAUCAGAUUAUUUUCUGCAUUAAAACAAUUGUUUAUAAUUGACAGCACAACUUAUAGAUAGAAUUGUGUUGUUGUGCCAAAUCCCAAAGGAUAUCGUUAAAUAUCACAAAUUAUGGAAUCAUUUAAGGGCCUUCCAGUAA